AUGUGUUGCCUCUCCCAUACCUCUCUCGUACGCUCUGCCUCUCCUAUUCAUCACUCAUUAAACGUACCUGAGGGCUACUUGCCAUUUUAUGUCGGGGAAGAGAUGGAACGAUUUGUCGUCAGCAUGGACCUACUAAACCAUCCUCUAUUUAUAAACCUCCUCAAUAAAUCAGCUCAGGAGUACGGUUACCAACAAAAAGGCGUUCUACGUAUCCCUUGCCAGGUCCUCCUCUUCCAAUGCCUCCUUGAUGCUUUUCGUGGAGGGGAAGAAGAUCUCCAACACCUUUUAUCUAACAACAUCCUUUGA